AUGGAAACAUCAUACAUCCUCGUAACGGGCGCAACAGGCCUCAUCGGCGCCCAUGUCGUCGACAAUCUUUUCCGAAAGGGCCACCGAGUCCGAAUAGCUGCCCGAUCCGCAGAAAAGGCCGAUGCAUUUCUGGCGAACAGGCAACAGUACAAAGAUAGACUAGACGUCUUCUUCAUCCAAGACCUCACGGACCCUAACGCCUUCGAUCGCGCUGUCCAAGAUGUUACCGGGGUGAUUCACGUUGCCAGCCCCCUCAAAUACGACGUCCACGACAACGAACAAGCCCUCAUCAUCCCCGCAAUCCAAGGCGUCAAGUCGAUCCUAAACGCAAGCCAGAAAUCGCCAUCCAUAAAGCGCAUCGUGCUGACCUCCUCCUUCGGCGCCGUCCUCGACAUGGCCCGCCCAGACAACGCACCCUGGACCGCCACACCCUCCGACUGGAACCCCAUCACGUACGACGAAGCCGCAUCCCCCACCGCAUCCGCACAAGACGCCUACCGCGGUUCCAAGACCUUCGCAGAACGCGAAGCAUGGGCGUUCAUGAGCGACCAAAAACCGCACUUUGAUCUCGUGACGCUCUGUCCGUCCAUGGUGUUUGGCCCGCUAGCUGACUCUCCGAACUCCCCGUGCGACCUCAACGAAUCAAACAAGAAUCUCUGGAAGAUCGUAGCUGGGUCUGCUGGGGGAGAACUGCCGCCGUGUAAAUUCAACUUCUGGAUUGAUGUGCGCGAUCUCGCGGAGGUUCAUGUGCGGGCUCUUUUUGAGCAGGAUGCCGGGGGGAAGAGGUAUAUCCCUGUCUCGCCUGAGCCGUUUACGUAUGAGAUGGUGUCGAGGAUUGUGCAGGGUGAGAUGCCGGAGUUGCAGGGGAGGGUUCUGGAGGGUGAGCAGGAGAUUAAGGGCCAUUUGACGGUUGAUCGGAGUAUGAUGGAGAGGGACUUUCCGGGGUUGGUGUAUACGCCGUUUCGGAAGACGGUGGUGGACUUUGUGGGACAGGUUAAGGGGUUUGUAUAA